UUGGUACUUCUUCGUAUUUCUCGAUACUUCUCUGUAUUUCUCAGUACUUCAGAAGUACAAAAGUCUACUUUUUCUCCCUUGUAUAAUUGAUAUCUAUGAUAAUAUAUCGAUCUUUACUAAUUAAAUAAACUGAAUUUAAGUAAAUAAAUACUUAUAAGAGUCAAUUAGAUUUGGUUUUCUUUGUGUAUUUCUAUGUUUCUCAUUUCAUCCUCAUUUAAAAAAAAACAAAUCUAAAUGCGUAAGUGUCGAGACAAUAAUAUAUGUAUCGAAAAUGUCGUGCCAGAGAAAAUAUUGAUUUAUGUUUAAUUAAGUGAAUAUUUUUUAAUUAUUUUUCUUAAUAUAUCAUUAAUAUAUAUAUUUCUAGUGAAAAGAUAAAAAAAAAAAAAAGAAAGGUAUUAUAAAACGUAUUUGUUUGUUAAUAGAGAAAGAGCAUGUCAUUUUAAUAUACAAGAUUAUGAAAAAUUUGGAGAAUGUAUUUGUAAAUCAUUAAAACAAUAUUUAGAUAUUUUACAUGAUUCAACAAGAUUAGAAUCAAUAUAUAUGGAUAUAACAAAAAAUGUUCUACGUAGAUUAGAUAAAGAUAAAAUUCCAUUUGGAUUAUUAUCUUCUAUUUAUCCAGGUUUUGUUUUAUUUUUAUUUAUUAUAUUUAUAUUAUUAAUAAAUAUUAAUAUUAUAGAAGAAAAAAAAUCAAAUCAAUCAAUAAUAUUAAUUAAUUCUGUAAGCAAUUGUUUUGAAAUUUUAAUACAAUGUCAUGAAACUCUCAAUCAUCAAUAUGAUUUAAGUUCAAGUGAUUCUGAUAGUGAUCCAGAAGGUGGUGAAUUACCUGAUAUAGGAUAUACAAAAGAAAAAUCAAUAACUAAAAAAAAAUCAAAAAAAAAAAAAAAUGAUAAAUCAAAUGAAGAACGUCUUCAAAAAUUAAAUCAUAAACAUCACAUGGAUAAAUCAAGUCGAAUCAUACAAGAACGAAAUUGUUUAUUUACAAGUAAAUAUUCAAAACGAAAUGGACAUGGAUUACCUAUUUUUACAACUGAACGUGCAUUAGAACGUAAACAUCAGAUAUUUAUUUAUUAA